UCAGAACAUUCUUCAUCAAGAGAAAAGAAGUAAAUAAAAAAGGAAGUCCAAUGGAGUCUCUGUUCAAGUCCAUCAUUGUUAUGCUAGUUUCAGUAGCUUUAAUGGCACAUAUGGUAAUGGGUGAAGGAGAGUGUGGGAACACUUCAGUAGAAGCUGCAGCCCUGAAAAUGGCACCAUGUGCAGAGGCAAGCCAAGACCCACAGGCUUCUGUUUCCUCCAAGUGUUGUGCUGCAGCUCUUGAUGUGGCAAGCAAUCCUUCAUGUCUCUGUGCUCUCAUCAAGCUGGGUGAAUCUCAGAAGGCCUUCAAUCCACAGGCUGCACUCACCAUUCCAAAGCGCUGCAACUUUCAGCUCAAGCACUCAGGCUACAAGUGUGGAAGCUACACACUGCCAUAAAGAAUGGAGGAAACUGGUGCAGACUACUUACUGCUAGUAACGGUAUUAGUGCUUUGUGGGAUAGCUUCUACUCAUACUGCUGUAGUAGCAUGAUAUAGUAUAUAUGUUUGAAGAAUAUAUAAAAAAUAAAGAGCCAACUUUUGGUUUGCUCGAUUAUAUGUAAAUAUCACAAGCUUAUAUGAAACUUGUUUUUCUUUCA